AUGAGAUAUCAACAACAGCGAGCACAAAUGUCACCAAACUGGAGAGAGAAUGGAGCCAUGAGUAUCCAGAAACUCAUGGCAGGCGGAGCAGAGUUACAUCUACAACAGUCUGAAGAGAUUAUAAGGCUACGACGGAAUGUCAGUAGCUUAGCGAAGAAGAACCAUCAACUAAUGCGGCAAGUCCAUGAGCUGGUUACGAAACUACAACAGUAUCCUCCCCCAAGGAUACCAGAAGAGACCAGACCAUCAAACCAAGCCGAUGGUGACGGACGACCGCCCUCCCACCCCUCCUCCUCACCCUCCCACCCCUCCUCCUCACCCUAUGAUAUCGGAGACAGUAAAAGCGACAGCCGGAUGCAUAGUGCAUUCGAACAGGAGACAUCGCACGAAUAUUCCUGCUUCAAAAUAAAAAGAGAAAACACCGAAAUGGAAGAUGCACGAAACCCAACCACACCAGCCCUUGAAGCCAUCAUACUACCAUCACCACCAGCUACCAUACCGGCCAAUAUGCCAAUACAACAGAGACAACAACAAUCAACACCAGCAGAGACACCAGCCGCACCUGAAUCAAUCUCUCCGCCACAAGCCAAAUUAGAAAACCGAUCGGACAGAACUCUCCCGACCAGCAGAGCGAAUACAGACCACUCUCCCCCGGUUCAGACUCUAAAUCCCAGCCCUAAGCCUAAGAUAAUGGUGGUUGUAACAGCAAACGCCACCAUGAUUGACGAAAUCAUCAAGGGAUAUGACGAGUACCAAAAGGGACAACAGUUACAAUACCCCAGGCCUUUCAGCGGAGAAAGAGUUCAUAUGCAUCUUGAAACAUGGGCAUGGCACUGUUACAGCAAGAACCUGGCAGUAUUGAUAACAAGCCAAGACAACUGGACCCACGCGGCCACCAAUAGCGAACAUGACAGAAGGAUGGCAUCUAGUCCCUGGCAGCUUCUCCUGGAGGCAUUUGUUACAGUAAACCGGAGGAGCAGGCAGCGUAUCACAACAGAACUCGUCACACUCACACAGCUUGCCGCAGCAUCUACACAGUGCGCCUACGUCUAUGCCACAGCAUACAUCGCGCUCGCGGCAUCUCCUCUUACAGUUGAGGCACCUCACCUCGUGAGGUGGGCCGCGGUUGGCGUUGUGGUGUCGGCAGGGCAUUGA